AUGGCGAUAUGGCCAUUUGGUCGGAGUAACAAGGCCAAGCGACACACUAUCCAAGUGAGUCCCGAUGAAGCCGCCACCCUUCAGUCGUCCAUCGCGAACGACCCCAGAGCUGCCGCCGCGGCUAUUGGUAUCGAACCUACGUUGGGCCGCAAGCCUUCCCUCCGGCCCCCGAAGCGUCAAAACAGCAACCGCCUGUCACGAACUGGUGAUGAAGUUGGUAGUGUCCACGCCGGCCUAGGUCGUUCUUCGUCCCAACGACAACGUCCCACCUCAUUCAUCGAUCACCGAUCCCAAAUGAGCUCCGACCGUGCCGACCCGGAUGGCCCCCAGCUGCCUCUGUCGCGGACCGAAUCGUUGAUGCGGACCAAGAACCAAAAUGGACCGAAUAAACUCCGGCGGAGAUUGAGCAAGCGCAAGGCGCACGAGAUCAUGCGCGAGCGUGAGAUUCGCAUGCUUUCCUCGACGCCGAUCGACAUCCCGCGUCGGACAGGUCAACCGGAUUACAAUAUGAUCGAUCACAGGCGCCGGAAGACGAAUGGCCAACGCCUAAACCGUUAUCAGUCGGACGUUAGCCUAUCCGUUCGCGACUCGGCUGCAUCUUCCAUGUCAGAUUUAACAGAUCCAUACACUUUCAAGGUUAAUGCUUUCGCGGCGCUGACGCCCCGUCCCGUGAACCUGACUACCUCGGAGGAAGAUCUCUACUACUCUAAGCGACGGGUAAAUGAGUUGGCCGAUUCGUUGGAUGCUAACACGCUGCGAGAGUUGAUGGAUCGAGAUCGUCGUCGCCGGGAAAAGAAACAGAUUGAUGACCAGGAGAGGCUACGACGCAAGUUGCAGGCAAGGGCCGACGCACAACAAGCACAGGAGGCACGGGAGGCCGAAGAAGCUGUGGCUGCCGCUGCCGCAGCGAGGGACCUCGCCACUGUGGAACAUCAUGAUGAACCGGCUAUGGAAGAGACCGUGGAUGCUGAUGUUGAUGAAGAACCGGGUGUUUCAAAGGAAAGUGAUGCCGUUGGGGCCGACUCGAUCGCCGACAGCGUACCGAUCAUUGAAAAUACCGGUGAAUCAUCUAUUCGUGAGCCCAAGCUAGCGACGAGGUCGAGCUUUGCCCCUUCACAUGAGAUGGGCAUGUCUCGAACAACACUCUCGCCAUCCCACUCGUCUGUCCGCCAUGGGCUCAGUAGCCCCAGCCACUCCCAAACAUUCGGAAUGGGCUCAAACUCGGACCUCUCAGAACGCCGACUGUCUGAUACCAGUGGGCGCCGUGGGAACACCAUUACACACCUAUUCCGACGUGGUUCUUCUCGUCUGAAGCGCCGUUACCGCGAGCAUUUCCAGGAACCUGCAACAUUGGACCACAACCCUUCGAACGAGUCCUUCUACAGAAUUCAGACCCAGUCCUCCCCUCCUCCGCCGUCUCUUAUUCCUCCUCGCGCAUUCAUCCCCACUGGAACGGUCAAACGCGCCCAAUCUAAGUUCACUGAACACUUCGGCGAUGAGCCCAUGUCUCCCCCCGACUCGCGUUUGCAGUCUCCGGACAUCCCCGAGGAGGUCCCAGAAUCCUCACUAGAACACGACCAGGAUACAUUCCUCCAAGGCCCGACUCCUAGUGCCAGUAUGGAUAUCAUCAACCCUCGUCGGCGUCACCAUCUGUCCUUGGCCGAGAGCUUCGAUGCCGAGUCCGACAACGUACCACUUUCUCAGUCCCUCGCUUCUAUCGACUCUGAAGGCUCUUGGAUGUCUGGCCAAUUUUUCCGCAGGAUGCACCAGAAACCCAGCAGCCCUGUCCGCACCACCAUGAGCCCCCUUGGUCCCGCCAACCUGGAUGACCCCGAUGUGUUUGAAGAAGCGCCCGAAUCACUUGAUUCUCAGGGCGCUAGCAGCAACGUGAUGGGUGACCCAGAGAUGGAUAAUGAGAUGCCCAACCCUGAGGCCGGCACUCCCGCGGAGAUGUGGCACAGCGAGGUCGGCCGCCGGCCUGUUGUGGUCAACCCAGUCGCUCGCCCGAAGUCCAACCAAGGAAUGCUGCGGUGCAUCCCCUCUUUGUCGCCAAUUUCAGCCGAAGAGGACUAUAGCCCCGUGAGCCCUUUGGAAGAGGAUAAUCUCCCCGGAAAUUUCCCCCAGCGUGUGGCCAGUGUCCACGGCAUCAUCGACCACGUUUAA